CCUCAUCUGUAAAGUGGGGGCAAUAAUAGCACCUCCUUUCCAGGGUUGUUGUGAAGGUCAAAUCUUUGCAAACCAUAAUAUGCUACGCAAGUGAUAGCCAGUGUUGUUAUCGCUGAUUUUAGAGCAAAGUCUGGACAGGCCUGCGUUUGCAUCUGCACAAGUAAAACGCCACCGAAAGCAGCUUUUGUUUUGUCCCUUCCUAGUCGAAGGGCCGGCCUAGGCAAAAACUGAGACCACGUGGAACCAGGGAGUUGGAAGGCGAAACCCCAGAGGAGCUGCGUUCCCUGGACGACCACGGAUCGUCCAGCCUCUCCUUGGAUACCCUUUCACUGCCUUACUGGGAUGAAAACAACAAUAAAAUACGCGUGGGGGCAGGCGUAAAAUCUUACACAAGACACCUGGCAUUUCGCAGAGGACAACUAAGGUUCAUACAGUGCCAAGCACAGAAUGGGUGCUUUAUCAUCAAGAGCUUGCUGGUUGGUUGGUGGCCGCACGGGCCUGUGGCUGGAAACGUCUCGUCCAUGGGCAGACUCUCCAUCUCUUGGCGGGAUCAGGCAGACGGCCUUCUUUGGUGACUGGUGACUUUUAGGACCAAUCAGAUAUUAUCUUGCCCUGAAAGUUCCGGGAUUUAAAGAGAUGCCCAGCGUUGAAAUGCCGGCCCCCAGCAGUGACUGUCCACAUUUGGAGUCAGUGGGCGAAAUAACAAAAGAAAACUUGAUUCAGAAGUCUCUUGGCACUUGUCAGGACUGUAAAGUCAGAGGACCGAAUCUCUGGGCCUGUCUAGAGAACCGAUGUGCGUACGUUGGCUGUGGCGAAUCCUACGUGGACCAUAGCACUAUUCACUCUCAGGAGACAAAGCAUUAUCUCACCGUGAACCUCACCACCCUGCGGGUUUGGUGUUAUGCCUGCACCAAAGAAGUCUUCCUGGAGAGGAAGUUUGGGACGCCCGUGUCCCUGCCGCAGACGACAAGGCCACACCCCGCGGCCCCGGAAAGCAGCGUCCAGGACUUUAAGGUGCCUCACCCUACCCUCAAGACUCCUCUGGCCGCAGUCUUGGAUGAUCUGGACAGAGAUGUGGAGGAAGAGGACGCACUGAAGGCGAGAGGUCUCACGGGUCUGAAAAACAUCGGCAAUACUUGCUAUAUGAACGCUGCUUUGCAGGCUCUUUCUAAUUGCCCACCUUUGACCCAGUUCUUUCUUGAUUGCGGAGGACUAGCCCGGACGGAGAAGAAGCCAGCCAUCUGUAAAAGCUAUCUCAAGCUGAUGACGGAGCUUUGGCACAAGAGCAGGCCUGGGUCUGUUGUUCCGACUAAUUUGUUUCAAGGAAUUAAAACUGUCAACCCGGCAUUUCGAGGUUACUCCCAACAGGAUGCCCAGGAAUUCCUCCGAUGUUUAAUGGACCUGCUUCAUGAGGAGCUCAAAGAACAAGUCAUGGAAACUGAGGACGGGGCCUCUCCUGGGACAGGCGAGGAGAAGAGCCCGUCAGAGAUGGACUUCCAGUCAUGUGAGUCAUGUGGGAGCAGUGACAAAGCCGAGAACGAGACAGGCUCCCGCGGUCUGAUGGAGGACCACGCGGAGACAGCCAUGUUAAUCCAGGAGGAUGAGAACAACGCCAGCCCCGGAAUGGUGAAAGAAAAAGCUCCGUGUAACAAGGCAAGCCCCAGGAGUCCUGAGGACGACUUGGAGAAAGACGUAGACACUUUGUCAGAGAUGGUGGACAUCUUAAACAGCCAGGAAACCGUCAAAGUGCAGAUACACAGCCGGCUUUCAGAACAUGCCCCCGAUAGUCACAUGAUCGACCAUCUGCCAUCGAAUGAAGGAGGCAGUCCACGCUUGUCCGCCAGCCCUCCCAAAUCGAGCUCCCUGUGGCCAGGUGCAGUCUCUGGCCACAAAAGAGCCCUGCCAGCCCCAUCUCCCAAGAGGAAAAAGCAGCAGAAGAGAUACCGGAGCGUCAUUUCGGAUAUCUUCGAUGGGACGAUCGUGAGCUCUGUGCAGUGUCUGACUUGUGACCGGGUGUCGGUGACCCUGGAGACCUUCCAGGACCUGUCCCUGCCCAUCCCCGGCAAAGAGGACCUCGCACGGCUGCACUCGGCGAGCCACCCAACCGCCAUGGUCAAAGCGGGAUCCUGCGGGGAGGCGUAUGCGCCCCAAGGCUGGAUUGCCCUGCUCAUGGAGUACUUGCGCAGGUUUGUUGUCUCCUGUGUCCCUAGCUGGUUUUGGGGUCCAGUAGUGACCUUGCAAGAUUGUCUCGCCGCCUUUUUCGCCAGAGAUGAGCUCAAAGGUGACAACAUGUACAGUUGUGAAAGAUGCAGAAAAUUGAGGAACGGCGUGAAGUUCUGUAAGGUGCAGAAGUUUCCUGAGAUUUUGUGCAUCCACCUGAAGAGGUUCAGGCACGAGCUCAUGUUUUCCACCAAAAUCAGCACCCACGUGUCUUUUCCUCUCGAGGGCCUCGAUCUUCAGCCCUUCCUUGCCAAGGACAGCCCCUCCCAGAUCGUGACCUAUGACCUGUUGUCAGUCAUCUGUCACCAUGGAACCGCGAGCAGUGGACACUACAUCGCCUAUUGCCGCAACAAUCUCAACGCCCUGUGGUACGAGUUCGACGAUCAGAGCGUCACCGAAGUCUCGGCAGCGGCUGUGCAGAACGCAGAGGCUUACGUGCUUUUCUACAGGAAGAGCAGUGAGGAUGCGCAGAAGGAGCGGCGGCGCGUGUCCAACUUGCUGAACAUGAUGGAGCCCAGUCUCCUGCAGUUCUACGUCUCUCGCCAGUGGCUGAACAAGUUCAAGACCUUCGCGGAGCCCGGGCCCAUCUCCAAUCGCGACUUCCUCUGCGUUCACGGAGGUGUCCCCCCACGCAAAGCCGGCUACAUCGAGGACCUCGUAGUGAUGCUUCCUCAGAACAUCUGGGACAAUUUAUACAGCAGGUACGGGGGAGGACCAGCCGUCAACCACCUGUACGUGUGUCACACCUGCCAGAUAGAAAUGGAGAAAGUGGAAAAAAGAAGAAAAAUGGAGCUGGAAAUGUUUGUGCGGCUGAACCGGGCCUUCCAAGAGGAGGAGUCACCGGCUGCAUUUUUCUGCAUCAGCAUGCAGUGGUUCAGAGAGUGGGAAGGGUUUGUGAAAGGGAAAGAUGGAGAUCCCCCCGGUCCCAUUGAUAACACUAAGAUUGCCAUCAACAAGGGUGGUAGCAUCGUCCUCAAACAAGGGGCAGAUUCGGGGCAGAUUUCUGAAGAAACAUGGAAUUUCCUUCAGUCCAUCUAUGGCGGAGGGCCAGAGGUUAUUUUGCGCCCGCCUGUCGCCCCCAUCGACCCUGACGUGCUGCAAACAGAGGAGAAGAUUGAAGUGGAGACUCGGGCCCUCUGACCGCGACGUCCACGGGAUAUCCUUCCCACUUGCACAAAGAAAAAACCAUUCCUGAAAGCAUGUUUAUUUUCUUGCUUUUCGACCUUUCCCCCCUUUCUUCCUCCUCACUGGGCAUUACAGUUGUGGAUGAGUAUGUCGCGACUUGGAAUCCCCUGUAGGUGACGCGUUGAAUGCUAAACAAUUUACUGUGAAGUCUUUCCAAGGCCACGUUUUGAAAAGGAUGAGCUCCGUGUCUUGAGGUUGUUCAAUCAGUGGACAGUAGGUCAUUGAUCUUUUUUACCACAUGUAUGCUUUGUAGACUUGUAAAAUAAAAUGGCUUUUAGAAUGUUUCUCGAACCUCAUCCCGUGAUUCUGAGCCUACGUUGAGGGCUCCAGCCAGGGCUCCUGUUGGGAGUGGACUCUGCGGGGCCCUUCACGUUGAUCGGAAGGCCGGACCUGCAGGAUGCGUCUGAAUUUCCCACGACUCAGGAAAAGUAUCCCCUCCCCCUUCUCCUGGCACUGCAGUACAUACAGGGGGCCGUGAAAACCUCAGCCACACGUUCUCAUUUGGAUGUAUCAAGUAUGUGAUUGGUUGGGAUGAAUUUGUCGGCAGAUGUAACGUGUCGCUUGUGCGUUGUGGGUGUUAACAUGUCGGUCCUCCCAAGCCCAGAGAACAUUUCACUGUGUCGGUGGCUGUACAACCUGUAGCGAGUCUUAGGGUCCUUUUCUUUUGAGAGCAUGCAGUAAGUGAUGUGCAUCCAUAGCCCUGGCCACCCUGAAGAGCACUUGGACAAGUGCGUCGACAUUCCUUCUGAAUAAUAUUCUGUCUGCACCACUCUCCGCGGCAUGAUUAUGUGAUGUCCAGAGCUGGGUCGAUCGCGAGAUUGCCAAUGUUGGAUGACGCUGGUCGGGGCUGCUGGGGGAGGGACCACUUGUUGCUGCUACAGCUCAAGCAAUGUUCUGAACCAGCUCAAUAAAGCGAUUUUUAAAAAUA